AUGAUAGGUGUUGGUGUUGCUGUUAUUGGACAGUACCUGUAUGCCAUUGGUGGAUUUGAUGACUCAUCUCCUUUGGAUUCAGUAGAACGAUACGAUCCUCGUACCAACCUGUGGACCUAUGUGGCAAAAAUGACGACCUGUAGGGGAGGGGUGGGUGCAGGUGCCAUGGGAGGACGUCUGUGGGCAGUUGGAGGUCAUAAUGGAGAUCAAUAUUUAAACUCAGUGGAGUCCUACAACCCCCUGACUGACACUUGGGAGGAAGGAGCACCCAUGCAUGUGUUCCGUGCAGGCUCUGGAGUUGUGGGAAGUCUUUGUGACGUAGAAGAUUUGAGAAAUGCUCUUGAUUCUUGUAAUCUUGGUGUGAAGGAAGAAAUCUGA